UAUAGGAUGGAAGGGCGGACACUGUACAAUGUUCCUUAGGAAGCUUCUAACACGGCUGGGAGUCACGACAAGACUGGCAGAUAACACAACUAUGAGUUCCGGUGUGAUCUCAUAUGAUGAGCUGAAGAAGCUGCUCAGUUCCGGAUCCAUCCACCUAUUUGAUGUCCGAAAUCCCGAGGAGUUGAAGAGUGGAAAAAUCCCAAACGCCAUCAAUAUGCCAGUGGCGGAAGUAGAAGGAGCUCUGCAGAUGGACGCAGACGCAUUUAAAAAGAAAUAUAAUGUAGAGAAACCAAAAGUGGACGAUGGCAACCUGAUAUUCCACUGCCAUCUGGGCAGGAGAGGACAGCGAGCCGCCGACAUCGCCGUUGGCCUGGGAUACAAAAAAGCCCGGAACUACCUCGGAGCCUACAAAGAAUGGGCAGAGAAGGAGGGAAAGUGAUCCCCUCUCAUCCACCACUAUCUACCUCACGAGAUGAAUGAGAAGAAAAUUAGCUAUAUAAUAAAUUAUACUUUAGAUACAA